ACAACAGCUACCGGCCGAGUGCGUGUCAGUCUGACUUGUGCACUUCGAAGAUAACAAUGGCGCUACAACAAACAAAGAUGCUAAAGCAAGAACAACAACAACAACAUCGGGAAGAGCUGCCCACAAGCAAGCCAACGCAUCAACUGUGGGGCGGCCGCUUUAGCGGUCAACCCCACGAAGCUCUCCAAGCCCUGAACAACAGUUUGCCGUACGAUGCGCGUCUCUAUAGCGACGACUUGGAUGCGAGCAAGGCCUAUGCAGAGGCACUGAAGCGUGCAGGCUACCUGAACAGCGCCGAUUGUGAUGUGAUUGUGAAGAGCUUGGAGCUGAUUCGUUUCGAUUGGGUGGAGCGCAGCAUCAAGUUUCUGCCCAGCGAUGAGGAUGUUCAUACGGUUAACGAGCGCCUGCUGGUGAAUAUUACGGGCGAGCUGGGACAGCGUUUGCACACGGGUCGCAGUCGCAACGAUCAGGUGAUCACCGACAUGAAGCUGUGGAUGCGCAAGGCCAACAGAGAGACAUUGGGACGGCUGCGUCUGCUGAUUGAGGCUUGCGUGCUGCAGGCGGAACAGCAUCUGGGCAUUCUUAUGCCCGGCUACACGCACAUGCAACGCGCCCAGACCGUCCAGUUCUCCCACUGGCUGCUCUCCCACGCCUUUGCCCUGCGAGAGGACUGUCUGCGGCUGGUGGAGCUGCGGGAGCGCUCCAAUGUUAUGCCACUGGGCAGUGGCGCUCUGGCCGGCAAUCCAUUGGGCAUUGAUCGUCUGUGGUUAGCCGAGCGAUUGGGCUUCUCUGGAGUAACCGCAAAUAGCAUGCAUGCGGUGGGUGAUCGCGACUUUGUGGUGGACUUCAUUUAUUGCUGCUCCUUGGUUAGCCUGCAUCUAUCGCGUCUUGCCGAGGAUCUAAUACUGUACAGCACUCAGGAAUUCGAUUUUAUAAAACUAGCGGACGGCUUCGCUACCGGUUCCAGCUUAAUGCCACAGAAACGUAAUCCCGAUAGCUUGGAGCUUAUUCGCGGCAUUUCUGGCUUGAUUACUUCCAAUCUGACUGGCAUUAUGAUGACAAUUAAGGGCACACCAUCCACCUAUAACAAGGACUUGCAAUUCGAUAAGCAAUAUUGCUUUCAGGCUCACGAUAAGCUAGCGCAGAGCUUGGAUGUAGCUGUGGGCGUAGUAAGCACCAUGCAGGUGCAAAGACAUCAAAUGGAAGCUGCCCUAAGCACGGACAUGUUAGCCACAGAUUGGGCCUAUUAUCUGGUACGAAAGGGCGUGCCCUUCCGCAUGGCCCAUCACUAUAUUGGACGGGUGGUGGCCCUGGCUGAGCAGCGUGGCGUCGGCAUCACUGAAGUGCCGCUGGGCGAGCUGCAACAGAUCUGUGAGGCCUUUGGCGCUGAUAUUGUGAGCGUGGCCGACUAUGGCCUCAAUGUUCAGCAGUAUAAUGUGGUCGGGGGUACGGCCACUGUGUGUGUUUUGGAGCAACUGCGUCAACUGAAGGACUUCUGCAUGGGUUUGUGCAAGCAGUCCUAAACAAUGUGGAACGGCAAGCUUUAUUCAAUUACUAAUUGCUGUACAGGGGAUUACGUAAAUACAAGUUUUAAAUUAAACAUUUGAA